CAUGACAGUCUUCACAAACUCCGGUAUGUCUUGGGGCUCCGGACUAUUCAUAUUAAUCUCCGGAUUAAUCGGCGGAGCCAGACGAGCUUUUACCAAAGAACCAUUUAACGAAGAAAACUUAUUAAGAAUUAUGCGCGAAUACAAGCCAGGCCUGAUGCUACUAUCUUCUUACCAAUUGUCUCUGAUGAAUUUGUAUUUACAAGAUAAGGAAGAUCUUGCAGAACCAUUUGGAGAUGUAAUGUUGCUGUUUGCUGUUGGUUCCAAAUUGUCACCACAACAGGUCGAAACUAUGCAAAAACAUUUGAAAAAUGGUAAAUUGGUGGUUUCUUAUGGAUUGACUGAAUGUAUGGGUGGAACUACUACUAUAACUUGUGCAGAAUAUAGACCAGGAACUGUUGGACACGUUUUGAUGAACACAGAACUAAAGAUUGUGGAUACUUCUACAGGAGAAACUUUAGGGCCAAAUCGGCAAGGUGAGAUGUAUCUACGUGGCCCUACAAUGUUAGGGUAUUAUGGUCGUCCUGAAGCAACUUCUGAAGUUUUGGAUCCAGAAACUGGUUGGUUUAAAACUGGUGACAUCGGUUAUUAUGAUGAAGAUCACUAUGUGUACGUCACUGAUAGAAUUAAGGAGAUUGCCAAAUACAAAGGAAUUUAUAUAAAUCCAAGUGAUAUAGAAAUUGUGAUAUCAAGACAUCCUUCUGUAAGAAGUUGUGCAGUGGUUUCUGUACCAAAUGACGAAGUUUGCGAUUUGAUGGUCGGUUUUGUUGAACUUUUACCAGAUUACAAAGACAAGGUUACUGCCCAGGAAUUGGAAAUAUACACCAAUGAAAAUGUCCAGGAUUACGAGAAACUCCGAGGUGGUUUAUACAUUUUGGACGAACUACCAGUUUUGACCCAUGGCAAAAUUGCUAAAGCUUUGCUCAAGCAAAAAGCAAAAGAAAUGCUGAACGAGAUCAUGAGCAAAUUUAAUAACAAAUUGUUAUCUAGAAUGUAA